AUGGCCGCCGCCAACGGCACCCUCACCCCGCCGUCGCUGCCGCCUGCGCCCAACUCGCCCUCUGCCGCAAAACGCAAACUCGGAGCGCCUCAUGGGACUGCUGCCAACGGCGCAUCCACGCCUGCGCAGGGAGAGAGCGCACCCGCCAACCCACGCUCUCUCCAGGCCGUACUAGGAGACAUACUGGCAGUCCUCAAGAGCUACGACACAAAGCCCUCGAUUCUGUCACACCCCAUCACCUCGUCGAUAACGCGAUCUGCCUCCGGAGAAGCCGACUCGAAGCGCACCAAGCUGACCCCACCGAGCGGCCCUGCGACCAUCGCCAACUUGAUUCAAGACGGCUCAUACCAGUCUUUGCACGCAUUGGACAAGGAUGUCGAGAGUGCUGCCGCCGAAAUCCUGGCAGCCAACGGCCCAAGCGACUCGUCAACUGCGCCAACAUCACCUGGGGACACUGCGCUUCAAGGCAAAGUGCUUGCUUUCCAAACCAUACUGAAGAACUUGGUUGCCAGGGAAGAUGCGCCCAAGGCACAUGGCCCAGCAGAGGGCGUCAACGGCGACGCGGAUGCCCACGUCUCGACAGAGGAUGGUACCCCUGUGCCAAUCAAGGAGGAAGAGCAGGACGCCGAGGUGCCUCAGAGUAGGACCGUUCUUACGCUGUACGGAAGCGCACCGCCGAAGCAGCUCUUCUCCAGCUUGCAGCAGCCCCAGAAGAUACCACCCACCGAUGGAAUAUCUACACUCGAUACCGCCGUCAAGGUGACUCUACCUCUUCGCGAGACGAAUCUGCCCAACCUUAUCUCGACCACCGAAGUAUAUCCUCUCCCCGAUCCAGACAACAAAAAGAAGAUUGCGACCAUUGGAGAGGUCUUUCGCGCACCUCCCCACCUACCACAGAUCAGCCCUCCCAAGUCUGCUCGACCGACAACGAGCAAAGGCAACAGUACCAUCACCUUCGCGCACCAAGAAGCGCCCAAACCCCGUCGCAAGGGAUCGCAAUCGUACGCGCACCAAAAUCUAUCUUCGGGCUUUUGGCUUGGAUAUGGCGGGGUGGAUAUGCCCAAGGACCAGACCUCACCAACGGCAAAGCAAAAGAGCAGACAGCGGGCAUUGAGCAUGGGUGAAGCGCAACAGCCACCGUCCGAGGCAAUCCUGGUUGCAGUCCAACACGCAAAAGAAGACGCCUUGUUCCGCAGUGCUUACUCGAGCUUUGCUCCGACGCGAGAUGACAGCUCCGCUAUUAUCCCGGAAGAGACCAAGAACAUGGUAUGGUGGCAGAGGGUCGGCGAGAAGCGCUUCAACGACAUGUUCCCAAUCGAUCCUGCUCUGCUCGAUCCUGAGGAGGCUAAGCGGGCCCUUGCAAACGGAACAACCGAUGAGGACGAACUGUUCAAGGAGGCUGUGGAGAAUUUCACGCCAAUCGAAGGAGAUGAAUUGCCUGGCAUGGAGGAGAAGACUGAAGAGGAGAAAGACACAGACGAGCUACUCAAGGAGAUUUCCGAACUCUUGGAGACACUUGCAUCUUAUCAAAGGAUACGAAACCUCUCCCUUACAACCAACCCACGCACACCUGUCGUGCAGAACGCCUCCCUUGCGACUUUGGCUGGCAGCCCAUCCACACCUUCGUCUGAAGAGUUUGAUGUGUAUCAGAUUCUCAAGUCCCAGCUUACCUUGUUGAUCUCACAGCUUCCGCCGUACGCUGUCGCCAAACUCAACGGAGACCAGAUGGACGAACUCAACAUCAGUCGGACCAUUCUGUUCGAUGCUAAAGAGUACAAGGGAGUUCUGGAGGAGGACCAACUGUCUAAACUGGCAAAGACACCAGGAAUGACUACUGCAGCGCCAGCUACUUUGGCUCGAACAGGCUCUGGAACCAAUACGCAUUAUCCCGCAGCUAGCCAUCAGUACAGCCGUCCAGGUCAGUCAGUGCCUCAGUCCGGCGCUCGCCCAGUGUAUACGCAACCGCAGUCUCUCCAUCGGUCAUCCUCAAUGCAUCUACAACGCUCGCCGUCGGGUGCCGCGCAGACAUUCCAACCAGGUGGUGCGCCAUAUGCCCCGAAUGCUCGAUCAGGGUAUUCGGCAACCCCAUCGUACAGCCAACAGACGCCGCGACCAAGUUAUGGAACCACACCUUCUGGGCAGUACUUUCCGCAACGCUCUGCACAGCCAAGUGGCUACAGUGGCGCCACGGGCUCGCAGUACUACAACUCGACACCAGCACAGGGUCAAAAUCGAUAUGCCGCACAGCAGAAUCAGGGCAACUUCUAUCCUCGGUCACAAAAUGCGGCACCUCUGUACAAUGGCUCACAAGCACCGCCGCCACGUAAUGUUUCGCCUAUGAAGGGCGCACCACCUACGCCAUCAGCUUAUGGUACACGGCCAACAUACGGCACGCCGGUGUCUGGAGGGCAGAUGCGCAGCACCUACUACGGUCCAUCGCAAUACGGUGCUCCGCAGACGCCUGCUGCCGCUGGCCCCUAUAAUGGCGUAGCCAGCAAUCCGCAGCAAAUGAUGCUUGAGAGGCAACAAGCCCAGCAAGCACAGGCCCGGCUUGCAGCACAGAACAGUUUCAGUAGUAGUAGGCAAGGGUCAGGGACGCCGCAACCUCCCAACGGCUCCAUGUAUGGCGCUAAUGGGGCGUCCAUGUCGACGUAA